UGUUAAGAAUCCAUUCUGAAUCAGUCCAUUCUUGGUGCCCUGACAAGAUCAAAUUUCUGCACCUGCAAACCCGAGAGCUGGCUGCUGAGCCACAGUAACUACACCAGGGGAAGACAGCAUGGGAACAAGUAAUUCUACACCUAAAGCCACCAUUGGCAAACAAGGCACCUUCACCACAGCAGCCCCAACGACUACCUCUGCACCCUGUCUCUCUAACAACCCCAGCAAGGAACAUUUAAUCUUCGCCUUUUGUGCUGGGAUUCUACUGACGCUGCUGCUGCUGGCACUUGUCUUCCUCAUCAUAAAGAGCUACAAAAAAUGUUGCUCCAGUCCCCAGGCCCUGCAGCCUCACUCAGAUCCUCUGGCCAAGCUUUCAUCCAUCCCAGAGGAGUCACUUACCUAUGCCAGAAUGACUUUCAAAACCUCAGAAGAAAAGGGCAAUCACUUGACUGAGAAUCAUUCUGCAGACUCGGACCCCACAGUCUAUGCUCAAAUUAAAGCAGCACACUCAGCCUGCCUUUCCAAUGAGGCUUGAAUCCAGUCCUUCGCAUCUCAGCGCCAUCUUUAUACAUCUUUUUCUUUUUUUAUUUUUUCUUUAACAAAUUUUGGGCCACAACCUGUGUGAAACUGCAGUCAGAGUUGUUUAGGUGUGAUCUGGCAAUGCUAUCCAGCAGUUUUGAAGACCAGUGGUCAGUCUUCUGCCUGGCCAGAGAAAAGAUUGCUGGCCCUUCCGCUUGAACCGACACGACAGACUGUUAGCCCCAUGAGGGCUGAGACUGCCUCCCUCAUCCCCUUCCAAAAUAAGUGGCACGGAGCUCAGUGCACAGCGUAUUCACCCAGCAUCAGGGUCAACUCGGGAGGAGUCGACCAAAUGAACAAUCUAUCAAGAAUUUCAAAUAAAGAC